GUAUGAUUUUGGUGCGUAGUAUUUGAUAGAAGUGUGACGUUAAAGUAUUCGCAAAGGCUAGGAACUAAUUGCUAUACACAAAGGUUUCGAAUCGAGCGUGUUUCCGCGGCGGACCGCCAGCUGUCAAGAAUCAAAACUCUUCCGUGUACAAACACUGGUCACAGUUCAGCCAGUUUCCCACGGAGUAGAGACUGUACAGUGGUUUUAAUCCGCAAAUCCAGUCGUUAUGCGGUAAACACAACAUUAUAUCAGCUAGUUUUGGACUGCUUUCACUUUUACAUUGGAUUUCGUCAUCAAACAUGGAGAAAUUUGAAGGCUACAUCUUCACUGCUCUCUGCAGCACCAACUUUUUGAUAUCCUGUCUGCUGUUCUCCAGAGUCACUCGGGAGCAAAGGGAGCCGUACAUGGACGAGAUUUUUCAUAUCCCACAAGCUCAGAAAUACUGCCAUGGGAAAUUCAACGAGUGGGACCCGAUGAUCACCACUCUCCCAGGUCUGUACCUUGUCUCUGUGGGAGUCAUCAAGCCUGUGGUGUGGCUCGCUGACCUGACAGGCCAGGUGGUGUGUUCCACCGCCAUGCUGCGCUUCAUCAACCUACUGUUCAACUGCGGCAACCUUUACCUGCUCUAUCUGCUCAUCUGCAAACUGCACCUCAGGGAGAAGACGCGGACGACCUCACGCCGAGUCCUCUCAGCACUGUCUCUUUCCACCUUCCCCGUGCUCUACUUCUUUAACUUCCUGUACUACACCGACGCCGGAUCUACUUUCUUCACCCUCUUCACCUACCUCAUGACGCUCUACGGUUGUCACAAGGCCUCAGCGCUCCUCGGCGUCUGCUCCGUGCUCUUCCGCCAGACCAAUAUCAUCUGGGUGGCCUUCUGCGCAGGCACGCUAGUGGCUGCCAAAAUGGACGAGGCCUGGAGGGUGGAGCACACAAAAAAGAGGGAUGAGAAGUCUCCUCCGUCCCAGGUCCCGCUGUCAUUUAUUGGAGCCAAGAAGGUGAUGCUCUUCAUGCUGGAGUUCCUCACCUCACCCAGUCAUGUGAAGGCGGUGCUGCUGGUGGCCUGGCCUUACGCGGUAGUCGGCGUGGGCUUCCUGGCGUUUGUGGUUCUGAAUGAUGGGGUAGUGGUGGGUGACAGGACGAGCCACGAGGCCUGCCUGAACUUCCCCCAGCUCUUCUACUUCUUCUCCUUCACCCUCUUCUUCUCCCUCCCCGUCUCCCUUUGUUAUCACCGCGCUCUUCGCUUCCUCCAGGCUCUGAAAAAGCAGCCUCUGUUCUUCCUCUUCGUCACGUGCGUCUCCUUGCUCCUGGUGUGGAAGUUCACCUUCGUCCACAAGUACCUCCUCGCAGAUAACCGCCAUUUCCCCUUCUACGUGUGGAAUAGGCUUUUCCAGAGGCACGAGCUGGUGCGCUUUCUCCUCGUCCCCGCGUACGUGUUUGCAGGGUGGAAUUUUCUGGACUCCUUCAAGUCACGCUCACUGUUCUGGAGUUUGGCGUUCCUGGCGUGCCUCCUGGCCGCAACAGUACCCCAGAAGCUGCUGGAGUUCAGGUACUUCAUCAUUCCCUACCUGAUGUACCGUCUGCACAUGCCCCUCCCCUCUCUUCCCAGACUCAUUGUGGAGUUCCUUCUCUACACGGCGGUCAACGCUGCCACGCUUUACAUCUUCAUCAGUAAGACCUUCCACUGGCCGGACAGCACGGCCACACAGAGGUUCAUGUGGUGAACAAAGAGACAGUAUCUGAUGUCAGGAGUUCCAGGACUCAAUCAGGAUGUAGGUUUAAAAAUGCUUUCCAGAGAACCACAGUCCAUGUGACACCUCAGAAAUCAAAGAAAAGCUUCUGUUACGUCGCAGUUACAGAAAAGAAAUGGCUCACAUUUUUACCAUUUUGGGUUAAUGUAAAGGGAUCGCCAUAUUUUACACAGAGAGUCAGUAUUGGUAGAUUUAUAUGACAGGUGGAAGUGAAAACCAUUUAAAGGUGGAGUCUGCGAUUCUGGAGAAAGACCGUUGAUAUUUGAAGUCAACACACAAAGAUAUACACCCCUCCCACCAGUGCUCCCUCACAAGUAGGAUUGUUAGGAUAAUUACGUCGUCUUAUUGAGGUCAUUCAUUUUCCGUAACCACUUAUCCUCUUGAGGGUCGCGGGGGGGGCUGGAGCCUAUCCCAGCUGUCAUUGGGCGAGAGGCGGGGUACA